GUCGGAGUGUUCACGAGUGGAGAGAAAUCAAUCAAUCAAUCACAGAUCUGUUUUCGCAUCUGCAUCUUCUUCGAAGGAUCAAACACCAUGGCGAUCCCCUUAGCUAAGCUUCUGAUCUCCGCCGUUGCGGUUUUCAUGCUCGUCUCCGCUUCGUUCGCGACCUCGGAAAUGCCGUUCAUGGUGGUUCACAAGAAAGCUACUCUCAACAGGCUCAAAUCUGGCGCCGAGCGCGUCCUCGUUUCCUUCGAUAUCUACAAUCAAGGAUCUGCGGCGGCGUAUGAUGUGACUCUGACUGAUAAUACCUGGGAUAAGAAAACUUUUGAAGUUGUUAAUGGAAACACUUCAAGAACAUGGGAGAGACUUGAUGCAGGAGGUAUUCUGUCUCAUUCUUUCGAAUUAGAGGCCAAGGUUAAAGGACGCUUCCAUGGUGCUCCUGCUCUCGUUACUUUCCGCAUCCCCACAAAGGCAGCUCUACAGCAAGCGUACUCAACUCCAUUACUACCUCUAGACAUCCUCGAAGACGUGCCUCCAACAGACCUGCUUGCUCUGGCAAAGAGGGUACUGGCAAAAUACGGAUCACUUGUUUCAGUGAUCUCCAUGGUGGUUUUGUUCGUACACUUGGUAGCAACACCUUCAUCGAAGUCCAAUGCAGCAAAAGGGAGCAGCAAGAAGAAACGCUAAAUUAGUGAAACUAUGGUGAGAAAGGUUUGCGUGGUGCUUUGUUGUGUUUAGCAGUUAAGCACAGUUUCAGAACUUGUACGAAUUAGAGAAUAUACUUUAAUUUUGGUGUUUUAGAGGACUAUCUUAAAGAGUUAUUUUGGUUUUGCGUGAUAAGAGCAUAGUCAUGAAGGUCUUUCUUUUACUUUCAUUCUGUCUCCUGCUUCAUAUGGCUUAGUCUGCACUCUCUUCUGCAUAGUCAUGAAGUUCUCUU